AUGCCUUUUCCUCCUGUUCGGCCAGGAGAUGAAUGCUUUCUAAACAUUGGUAAUAACAAUGAGAUCAGAGAGUACUGCUCUAUUCAUUGCUCUUCUAAAUCUUGUGAGUGCAAGGCAUGCAAAGUGUUAACUGAAACCCCAUGGCCUACUCGCCAUCGUCAACUUCCUCUUUGCGCUCGCCGUCAACGCUCCCAUGGGCGGAGCCACAAGGGGAUGGAUGUACAUAUGUACACCCGUUAA